GCGCCCUGCCCUCUGCGCGUCCCCGUGCACAAGGGCUCGAGCUGUUAACGGAGCGGCGUAUCAUCGACGUGUGAUCACACAUUUCUCCUGAACAAAAUAUCAAUCAGAUCCCACGUUCAGUUUAACGACAGUUCCCCGACACCGGGAUUAUGACGACCCACAGGGAUUCGUGACGAAAGCGGUGUCGUUCGCUGACGGUGCUGAGAACAUAGUUGACUGUGUGUGGUUGUGACGGCCAGUCUGCAGUUUGUUUGUGUGAUGGAGGGUUUUCCUGUCCACUGACGCUGCAGCACUGCCCUGCAGUCAUGUCUGCAUGCAACACUUUCACGGAGCAUGUAUGGAAACCAGGGGAGUGCAAGAACUGCUUCAAGCCCAAAAGCUUGCACCGGGCUUCAGAGCAAGCCAAUGCUGCGAGUGAGAGCAAGACAAACCGUAAUGCCAAGCUCACAAACAACAACCAGAGGAGCGUCUCCUCAUCCCGUGCAGGUCAGGUCCGGCCACCGGUCGCAAAGAAACCUACCAUUGCGGUGAAGCCCACCAUGAUGUUGCCAUGCUCUCCGUCAGGACUGGACUCGGAAGGAAACGUUUCCAGGCUUGCUGAGGGGGUGCAGGUCAAUAAAAACUCACCUUUCUGGAACCACAACAGUCUAAACAGCUCAAGACUCACAGGCACAAACAACAAUCAAAGAGAGGAUUUAGUUAUGCAGACAGAGGCAUACGGCCCUAUUUCCCCACAGACAGCUUGCAGCAGCAACAACAACGGAUUGACGGAUGUGCUUAAAGAGAUUGCUGGACUGGGACCUUCUCCAAGUUCCAGCAGAGAUGACUUCUUCGGGCGAAUCUGUAGUUCGUAUAGACGCUCACUAGAGAGAGGUUUACCGGCUUCAAGCUGCCUCAAUGCUGGGAGCAGCAGCCGAGGAGCCAUGAAACGCGUAUCCCUUAGUGACAGUGCAGAGAUCAUCAGCUUGGAGGGUGGACGUUUCUGCUAUCCAGAAUUCUCCAGUGAUGGUGAUGGUGAUGAUGAAGAUGAUGAUGAUGAGAGCGGUGAUGAGGAUGAGCAUGACAGUUGGGAUGAAAGCGACGAAGAGUUGUUAGCAAUGGGUAUCCGAAUGCGCGGCCAGCCUCGCUUCGCAAACUUCCGCGCCGCCACGCUGUCUCCCGUUCCCUUCGCUGUAGGAAAAAAGUGGAAUACAGUGCCUCUACGUAACCGCUCGCUGCAGAGAUUUUGCGCGGUGGAUUAUGAUGACAGCUAUGAUGAGAUUCUUAAUGGAUACCCGUCUGUUGACUCAAAUGGGGCACCUGCUCUUUUACCAUACAGCUCUGACCACCAAGGUAGUGACUUUUUGUCGACCUCUGAGUCCACCACAUCACCUGAGUCCUUGACUUCAUUGCCCGACGAAUCCUGCGCUGGCAGCAGUAAGGGCACUGGUGACCAGAGAAAUGGUCUUUCAUUCCUAACAAGCAAAGAACCUUCAACCAGAGGACUGAGCUCGCCAAAAUCCAAUGAAACGCAUAAAGCUGUCCUAGCCAUCCGACUGGAGGAGCAAGAUAAUGGGCAAAGAGAGGGCGGGGCUCUCCCACAAGCUCUUCCAGGCCAGCCAAUCACAAUCAGUUUCAGCCCAACUGAAGAGCAGGCCAAGCCAUAUCGAGUAGUAAAUCUGGAAAAGGCUCCUAUCUGUAAGCCCUACACAGUUGUAGACGUGUCUGCCUCCAUGACCACAAAAGAUGAUCAAUCUUAUUCUGUUGAAAGCUCCCCAAAACCAAGUAUGUCGAGUGGUGCGGUUCGUUCCUCCCCUGACCCCCAUCCAGUCUCACUAACCUCCCCUCAGUCCCUCAGAUCUCCUUGCUCAUCUGUGGUGUCUCCAUCCAUGUCUUUGUCUCCUGUAAUGCCUCAGUCUCCCAGAGCCGCAUCUCCCGCAGCUGCAUCCCGCGCAGGACCCUCCGGUUUCCGCACAAAACCCGGCAGUAUCCGUUACCAAGAAGUGUGGACGUCUUGCACCAGCCCACGACAAAAGAUCCCAAAAGUCGAUUUAACAAGUGGUGGUGCCACUCCGAGACUCGUCAACCACAAAUCAGCUCCCACCUCUCCAACUGCAGGGUUCAGCUCUGCACGCACAGUCCCAACCAAAUCUCCAAACUUGUCUGAGAUCAAAUUUAACAGUUACAACAAUGCUGGCAUGCCCCCGUUCCCCAUCAUCAUUCGUGAUGAACCUGCAUAUGCGCGCAGUUCCAAGAAAGCAGUGAAGGUUCCAAUUGUGAUCAAUCCCAGCGCUUAUGAUAAUUUGGCUGUGUACAAGAGUUUUUUGGGGCUUAAUGGUGAGCUGCCCCAUUCCAAGCCCGGGGCGGGAGAGCGAGUAGCCAGUCACACGUAUGAGGAGAUUGGGUCUUCUGACAGUACCCAACCCUCUCCUACUGAACAGACACGUCUGAAGCACAUGUCUGAGACUGUUUCUGGGCAGACGGUGAAUGACGGCAAAGCAAGAACCACACCAGGUCUUUCCGUAGGUAACCUGAGCCCCAGUCCUUCCUCCCCUGUGACCCAAAGCAGUCUGGAUCACAUUUAUAACACGAGCGGUGAGCAACCACCAGAAGGUACCAAAGAAGGCCAGGUCACGUCCAGCCUAAAUUCAGGUCAUAAAGAGAAAGCAAGUACUGUUCUCUCUCAAAUGGUGGCUUCAAUUCAACCUCCGACAUCUCCUCCGGACUCUCCUGCUGGCCAAAGCAAAACAUGCAGCGCUGAGGAGCUUUACUCACUACCACCCGAUCCCUCCAAAGACACUCUUAGUAGACCCAAAUCACUUCAUUGUUCGGCAGAACCUCACAAAGACUCGCCAGCCAAAUUCCUGCCCAAAUCUCACAGCGCCUCUGCUGCUGUACCCCCCACAAGCCCCAAAUCUGAACCCACUGCACCGUUCCCCCCGGUAAGAUCCAGCUCAUCCCCUUACCACUCCAGUAAUCUGCUCCAGAGACACUUUAGCAACUGGACCAGGCCUGCCGGUGUCAAGCCUAGCGAUGGAGAGACCAGCCCAAGUGCGGAGGGAAGACGUUCAGCCGAUGCCAACAAGCCCAAACGCUGGAUCUCCUUUAAGAGCUUCUUCCGCAGGCGGAAGGAUGAGGAUGAGCAGAAGGAAAAAAUGGAACGUGAGAAAGAAAAAGGAAAGCUGCUGGGAUUGGAUGGGACAGUCAUCACUGUGUUGCCCCCACCGCCUGUACAAAAACAGCACUGGUUCGCUGAGGCCAAGGCAGACAACCCUCACCAGAAACCCACUAUUAUAUUCACCUACAAAUCAGAGAGCGCCAUGAGCGGAGAGGAGGCUGAGCUUCGGGUCGAGGAGCACAAAGAGAGUUCAGGUGUUACAAUGGGUGGUGGGGUCUCCAGCCUGUCAACUCCACCAAAGAGCAGAGCCAGUCUUCUUAUUAGCAAAGUCAUGAAUCAGCUUCCAGUUCAGGAUACUGAGAUCGCCCCUGCCACCUCCCUGCCCGCUAAGAUGGAGCUGUCGCCCCUGCGCGAGCCGUCUGCCUGCUGUCCGCCCCCAGCAUCGCCCACCUCACACAGCAGCAAGCAAGGAGAGCGAGAGGAAGAGGGAAGCGUUCGCACCAUAUCGCAGUCUUCUACAUCCAGCAGCUGCAGGGCCACAUACACCAACCUGGGUCAAUCCAGGGCCAACAUGAUCCCUGUGAAGCAUCCCAGACAUCCUAAAGCAUCCGAUGACACGUUAGCCUCUGACCCGGAGGUCACCGAACCCACCUCUAAAGCCACUCCUCCCCCCCUGCCCAAGAAGUCAGUCCCACGUGCUCAAACAGAACCAUCCUCUAUGGGUAAAGAACUCUCAGGCCCACAAACCAAAGGAGAGGCCAGACCGGGCGGGACCAGUCUGAGCGUCGCCAAUCCGCUCUAUGAUCUCGAGUCCACGUGGGACACGGGCAGUCAAAGCUCCUCGCUCAGCUCAGAGGCACGGCAUCACGAUGAAUCCGGAGACUCCUUGGAGCGUCCCGUUGGGGGACGUAGCUUGUGUUCGCUUACCAAUAGCAGCUCCGUUCAGGGGUGCGACCGCCGCGGCUACCGCAGUACAGAGAGUUUGACGGCCAGGGCACGAGGGGCUGGGAGACCCGCUACGGUUCAGAAGCAGGUGCCGUAUAGAGGAAUGGAGAGUUGGGAGGAAGUGGUCGGAAGGAUUCGAGGACUGCACACAGAUACGCUUCGUAAACUGGCAAACAGAUGUGAGGAUCGAUUCAUGGCUGGACAGAAAGAUCACCUGCGCUUCGGAACGGACAGUUGGUCUCAUUUUCGACUGACCGCUGGAAAACCUUGUUGUGAAGCAGGAGAUGCUGUGUACUACACGGCGUCUUUCUCCAAAGAACCUCUGAUGAAUUAUGCAGUCAAGAUCUGUAGGGGUGUGGUGAAGGAAACUCAGCAGCAGUUUUUCCACAGUCUGGCUGUUCGGCAGAGUAUCGCCAUGCACUUCAACAUUCAGCAGGACUGCGGUCACUUCCUGGCAGAUGUUCCGGCCCGCCUGUUACCUUGGGAGAAAGAUGAAGACAGAGAUGACGAGAGAGGCAGUACGGAGGAAAACGAGGAAACUGCAUCGAAAAGCCACGAGAAGGACCCAGGAGGGAAACUGUGCAGCAGUGUCGUGGUGAUCACACGCGAGGUGCCGUUUCAAACAGUGGCAGAUUUUGUCCGUGAGGGCGUCGAACGCCACAAUCGAAACCCUGAGCUGUACGAACGUCAGGUGUGUCUGCUUCUGCUGCAGUUGUGUGCGGGACUGGAACACAUGAAACCGUACCACGUCACACACUGCGACCUGCGACUCGAGAAUCUCCUGCUGGUGCACUGUCAACCCGGGAACCCGUGGAACCUUGAGCUGCUGGAGCCCAACAACAACGCCGCAUCCGGACCAUCUGCUGCGGCCUCCGCUUGCCCCGCCCGCCUCAUCAUCAGCAACUUCUCUCAGGCCAAACUGAAGAACGUUGUUCUGGAACCCUCUUCUCUCCGUGACCAGUCUCGACUCGCGCCCGAGCUCCUCACCGCCACCCAGUAUCGCAAGUGCGACGAAUUCCAAACCGGAAUAUUGAUCUACGAGAUGCUGCAUCGGCCGAACCCUUUCGAGGAAAGUCCGGAGCUCAAAGAGAGGGAAUACUGUAGCUCGGAUCUGCCCCAGCUUCCCCUGCGUUCCCUCUACUCCAGCGGCCUUCAGCAGCUCGCCACGCUGUUGCUCAACCCCAGCCCUUCCGAGCGCAUCCAGAUGGCGGAUGCCCGAGCGUGCCUGCAGUGUCUGCUGUGGGGCCCACGAGAGGACCUCUUCAAUUCGUUGAACCCUGUGUUUGGAGCGAUCCAGCGCCACACCGUCCUGCAGAACUGGCUGGACUUAAAGCGAACGCUGAUGAUGAUCAAGUUCGCAGAACGAUCUUUGGACUCGGGCUGUGGCGUGAGCCUGGAAGACUGGUUGUGUUGUCAGUAUCUGGCCUUUGCCACCACGGAGUCUCUGAGCCGAGUGAUCAAAAUCUUACAGCAGCCGCAAGGCGUGCUGAUCUAAACCCAUGGCAGUGACCAACGGACUCCUCUACAAGCCGCCGGGACAUGUGUGCGCUGUACAGAUGUGUGUUUUUAAUUUGGCUUUGAUAGUGAAUGUGUUUGCAUUUGGUUUACCGUGCAGAGAGUCGAAAGCAAAACAGUUUACAAAGGUAAAAAGUGACUAACGUAAAGUCGUAUUUAACUCCACAGAUAAUGGCACAUUUAUAGAGCUGCUUUUAUAAACAAAGUGAAACUGCAUGAAACGUGCGUGCGUGUGUGUGUGUUGUGGGUUUUCUGGCGGUGUGUUUUGUUUGGCUUGUCAUUUUACUGGACUCGUGAAUACUAGCAGGAAACCACUGAUUCGACAUUAGCUGUAUCAUGAUUGGUGAUUCAAGUAACUAGAUUAUUCUCUUUCUGGAGAAAUACAGUAUCCAUCACAUAUUGCGUAGUGUGUGUUAUGGGUUCAAAUAGAGACUCUCAAGAAUCACUGUAAGGUUGUGUGUCUGUGGCAAAAACUGGCAUUAGGUCAAUGAAUGAAUGAGUAUAAGAUGUGUGCGUGCGUGUGCGAGAGAGAGAGUUGGAGAUACAGAGAGGCAAAAACUACGUUCAUCAGUCAUUUCACUCAGAUACAUUUUUCCCCCAUCCUGAAAUAAUAUACAGAAAGGAUUAAGAUUACAGAUUGGAUUAUAAUAUUUUUCUACCAGAGCACUGUAAAGUUUACCAAAGACUAAACUAAACCACGCAGAACAAGAUAUUUUUACAUUUUACGACAUGGUAAAAGAGAAUAUAUUACUAAUCUCCCUUAUAAAGAAAGUGUCCUUAUGCAACUUGUUAAAGAGGGUUUGUUCUUUAAGGUGCUUUGAGCGAUUUUCUCUCCUUGAGGAAUAAAUAGCACAAUGAAUGAACAUAUACCUUCAGCCUGAUAGAUAUCACUGGAAUAGGUGUUGUGUGAAAUCGCACCGGUCUCUUUGACAGCCCUAGACUCUGUAAUGUUGUCGACAAGAAGACUUUUCAGCGUUGUCUUGUCUCUCUUUAAGACAUUAUUAUGUCUGGAGGGCAGGAUUUGGUGGCUAGAAGAACGUGAAAUGACCCCAAAGCAGAUCUUUUAUUGAAGUUAAGCGUUUAUUGUCAUAAACUGAGACCCUAACGCUAACUGAACUACACUCUUAAAAAUAAAGGUGCUUAAAAGGUUCUUCACAGCGAUGCCAUAGAAGAACUAUUUUUGGUUCCACAAAGAACCAUUCCGUCAAAGUUUCUUCAAAGAACCAUCUCUUUCUUACUUUUUUAUAAUCGGAAGAACCUUUUUUCGCCACAAACAACUUUUGUAAAACAGAAAGGUUCUUCAGAUGUUAAAGGUUCUUCGUGGAACCAAAAGGUAUUUCUAUGGCAUCGAAGAACCUUUUGAAGCAACUUCACUCAGAUUGUGCCUAUCUGCAGAAAUAUCAGGAUAAAUCUCACCCUAAUUUCUGACAUUGUGACCUUCAAGGAUGGUUUUAACCUUGACCACCAUUUGAAUCCUUACUUGGAUUGAUGUGCAAUUUUUAAAGUGUUACCAUUGUUGCAGUAUUUCAGAUGUAUUUAAUGCACUUGAUGUUCUCAGCAUGCCGUUUAUCUUUCGUCUUUCUUUUUCUGUUCGGCACAUAGGGGGAGUGCGAUCUCAGAGAUCAGACCCGCGGCGAGGUGUUGUGUUUGAGGAUUUUUGAAGGUGUGUGAAACGUUAGCCUGAAUCGAGGACGACACAUUCUAGAGUCAUUUUGUCCUUGUUGUAUAUUGUCAUAAUUGACAUAGUUAUGUGUUUGAGGACUGCAGCAGUAUUCAGAGUCAAGUUUGUUUCAGCAUGUAGACAGAUCCCCUUCUCAUUCACACACAAAGGCUGCAUCUCAAUUUGCAUACUUCUAUGUCUAAAAGUAUAUACUUUUUUAUAUUUGUGGCUCUCAACCUUUGUCCCCUACUGUCCACAAUAUUUAAAGGCUCCCCACAUCAAUAAAAUUGAGGAUGAUGAUGAAAGAAAUAUCUUCAUUUUGACUUGUUUUAGCCUAUUUGAAUGCUUCUUGUCUUAUUUUAAUUAAGACAGGUUGAGAAGCUGCUUUCUAUGCAUGUUCUUGAUUCAAAAGUGCAUACUCUUUAGAGUAUGUAGUAUGUCAUAAUACCACGCACUUGUUUGUCACAUACUUUGUGUUGCUAUUAAGUCUAAGCAUCAAAAUGUGUUACUGUAUAACAUUGAUUCAGUUCGUUGACACUUUCUCCCUUUCAGUGACCCAAGGUGUUGUGGGUAAUAUUUGCCCAAAAAGUAUGCAUGGAUCUGUAAUUCAGAAAUUCGUGAAAAGCGUAUACCAUCUAGGCCCUUUUGGCAUACUUGUUUUAAUAAUAUCCGUUUUUGGGGUGCACUAAAUCACAUAUACUUUAAUUUAUAGUAUGCAUAGUUUGAGGAUGUACUCAAUGUUCCCCGUUUCAUUUCAUGUUAUUUACGAAUUCAGAUCAAAAUGACAAUCUGCAUAUUUGCAGGAGUGUACGGAUUUAUAGGAAGACAUUGGAUUGGAGUCUCUGUCGGUUAUCAAGGGCGGGACCAUUGGAUUACUCCCAAUGACACACCUUCCAUUUCCAAAGCAGCCGUUAUACUUCCAUAAGUAGAGAGAGGCAGGAAUAUUGUGUGUGUGAUGUGCUGAAUGUUUGAGUCUGAGAGCAAUAUGUUGAAUUAUAUUUGUAUAUAAUAAUUUGAGUGUACUUUAUUAAAAGCUUAGUUCUUCACAGCAUUACAGGCACGAUUUUGUCACAGAAAGAGUUUUAACUUUGGAUGAAAGCAUCAGCAGAUGUCUGUAACAAGGAGAAAGCUUGUGUGCGUGUGCGAUUGUUCACCCAUGAUCAUUUUAUCAGAUUUUAUUCAUGUAUUUACUGUUAUUUACAAAUGUUUAUUGCCAGUGUUGAUUUGACAGAACUGCUUUUUACAUGCAUAUCUUAUGGUAUUUAGCUCUCCGUUACUGAGUUAACUGCUCAUAAUAAAACUAU